UCAACAACCUCAUCAGAUUGACAGGGCUGAACAAAUACCCGAAUAAAGUAAUAUCCAGGCACUUUAAGCAAUGGGGGAAUCCGUGGAAUCUGUCAAUCAGAAUGGAGACGAGGUAGACGGUAAAUACGAGGAUUCACCAUUUCCUCUUACCGAUACAGAUAGAUGGGUCUUGUCACAGACAGAUGAAGAAUUUCAUCUACAUGAUUGGGAAGAGUUGAAAGAGAUCAUAGGUGAGCUACUUCCGAUUGUAUUGAUUACAUGAGCUACACUUUUAAACAGUAUAUGAUUGCAAGGGCAGAGGACAUGCGAAGGAUCACCAGUGUGAUGAGAAUUGGUUCUUGGGGCUGUAAUGUGAUGUGUUGGGGCUCAACACAGCUUUUUUCCACAUGGCAUUGUACAUUUCCGCCCAAUCAUAUUUCUAAUUGUCAUCAAGCAACAAAUAAUCUCUCAGUCCUCAAACGAAAGCCCUCUGAUCUUCGUCGCUAUAUGUCCUGGUCUGCAGCUAUUAAAGCGGAGUAUGGAAGUAUGAUGAAUUACAUCCUCCAGCAUCGACUUCCCUGGGGUUCUCCGCCAUUUACCUACGUGUCCUCAAUUCCCUUUCAGAAUCCCUCGGAUUAUAAGAUUUUGCUAAAUGAUUGGCCAUAUGGUCUCUCGAAGAAUGUUACUCAUUUCGUAGUGUGGUCAAAAACACCGAUCGCCACCGACGAUGAGAACGGAGACAUGACGGAUGAGAGCAGGACAAUCAUCGAAGAUUUUGUGAAGAGAACAUUUGCUGAUAGGUUGGAUGGCAAUGACAGAGUAAUGUGGUUCAAGAAUUGGGUCGCAUUGCAGAGUGUAAGAGCCCUUGAACAUGUUCAUGUUCUAAUCAAAGAUGUCCAAAAGGAUGAUGUUGAAUUUUGGACGGGAAACAAGGUAUAAAAUCAUGUAUAUACACGGAAAUGUAUCUGUAUGGAACUCAUGUACGACACUCAUACCACCCAGAAUGGAAAAUUCCUAUCUCGCG